AGGUUGGCAGCCCCGGCAACCAGCUGAUUCCACGGCUUGAGUGUUUUCUUCUUUUGUAUUUAUACAAAUUUGAAUUAAAUGAAAUCCUUGGUAAACUACCGCUAUAGCCUAGUGGCGGGCGCUUGUGCUGCCGGGGGUAGCUUUUUUGGCAAGUUGCCGAGCCACCUGAGCGCACAGAAGCUGCUGUAUUUUCAAGAUUCAGCCGGAGGAAACUUUUCUGACUCGUCGUAUCUGGAGUUUGGUUUGCUGCGUCUGCUACCAUUGGUCCUGAUGGUGAUCUGCAAUGUCUGUAACCUGCGCUGUUUCCUUAAAGCGCUACAAAUGACGGAGCAGACCCUAACCUGCGUUGUGCUGACUGCCGCGUCCAACUAUGUGUUAUCUUUUCUUUUAGGCACGCUGGUAUACCAAGAGCCACUAACCGCAUUGUCUGGUAUUGGAAUUACACUAAUAUUGGCUGGUCUUUGGUUUCUUUGCGAUGCUGGAGCCGUGGACAGCAGGAAAAAAGAGACAGAAAAAGCGUCAUAACUGAAUUGUUGUUUAUGACUGGAGAAAAUAUCGUUGAUCCUUGAUAUUGAGUCCAUCGAGGAUGUUCCCUCGAUCUCGAGAAGGCGUGAACCGCCCAGAUCAGACGAGAAGAAACGGAGCUAUGGCUAUAGCUAUAGCGAUUUAACUAAAAAUAUAAUUAGGAAUAAAAUUAACAAGGUAUAUCCUCAUCGUC